UACUCAGCCGUGGGUGGGGUUUCUGUGCUCCGGAGCAGGCAGCGGAAUUAGGCGACUCAAGGAGAAAGCCUUCUACUCUUCGGUUAAGCAAGAUUUAGCCCCUCAACUCUGUAGGGAGGGACACGUAAGAGGAGGUGGUGGGGGCAAACCCAGAAGCGGCAUGUGUGGCUGCUCAUCCAUACGCUGCCUUUUCCUCUCCUUGAAAAUCUUUCCCAAGAGGUCGUUUUACACGAACCCAGACAAGACCUUCGCAAGCUUCCGGGAUAGUCAAUAAGGUGAGUGGCAGGAGGCGGCAGCGCUGACCCACCGGAGCCCAGCUCAGGGUUCUGUGCUCCGCUCCCGGAGCUCUGGCCCAACUGCCCGGGGACAAGGACAGCUGUCGCGCCCGAACCUCCUCUGCAGACCUCUUCCGAGUGGGUGCGCUGAGCCAUGGAAGGCGCAGACCUGGCAGGGAAGAUCCUGUCCACCUGGCUGACGCUGGUGCUGGGCCUCAUCCUGCUGCCUUCGGCCUUCGGAGUGUCUCUGGGCAUCUCCGAGAUCUACAUGAAGAUCCUGGUGAAAACUUUAGAGUGGGCCACAUUACGAAUUGAAAAAGGAGCUGAGAAGGAGUCUGUUCUUAAAAAUUCAGCUUCUGUUGGUAUUAUCCAAAGAGAUGAGUCACCCAUGGAAAAAGGGCUCUCUGGUCUGCGAGGAAGGGACUUUGAGCUGUCUGAUGUGUUUUAUUUCUCCAAGAAGGGAUUGGAAGCCAUUGUAGAAGAUGAAGUGACCCAGAGGUUCUCCUCAGAGGAGCUAGUGUCAUGGAAUCUCCUCACAAGAACCAAUAUAAAUUUCCAGUACAUCAGUCCUCGGCUCACUAUGGUGUGGGUGUUGGGCGUCAUAGUACGCUAUUGUGUCCUACUACCUCUGAGGGUUACUCUGGCUUUUAUUGGGAUCAGUUUGCUGGUUAUAGGAACUACACUGGUUGGGCAGUUGCCAGACGGCAGACUCAAAAACUGGCUGAGUGAAAUGGUACAUCUGACUUGCUGUCGGAUCUGCGUGAGAUCUCUCUCUGGCACCAUCCAUUAUCAUAACAAGCAGUACAGACCCCAGAAGGGAGGCAUUUGCGUUGCCAACCACACCUCUCCAAUAGACGUUUUGAUCUUGACCACAGAUGGAUGUUAUGCUAUGGUUGGCCAGGUUCAUGGUGGACUGAUGGGAAUUAUUCAGAGAGCUAUGGUAAAGGCUUGUCCACAUGUCUGGUUUGAACGCUCAGAAAUGAAGGAUCGACACCUGGUUACUAAGAGACUUCGCAUGAUGACCAGUUGGGCCAUCGUCUGUGAUGUGUGGUACAUGCCCCCCAUGACUAAAGAGGAAGGAGAAGAUGCAGUCCAGUUUGCUAACAGGGUUAAGUCUGCUAUUGCAGUACAAGGAGGAUUGACUGAACUUCCCUGGGAUGGAGGGCUGAAGAGAGCAAAGGUGAAGGACACCUUUAAGGAAGAGCAGCAGAAGAAUUAUAGCAAAAUGAUUGUGGGCAACGGAUCUCCCAACUUGGAAUCAGACUGAGGCCACCCCUGAUGCUACCCUGUAGAUAAACUCGGCUUCCCAGAACUACCUUAGAAGUGAAGUGUUUUUUGGGGAGGGGGGUUUGUUUCAUUUUAUUAUUUUGUUUUGUUUAUUGUUAAUAUUUUCUACAGGAUGAUUGUCUCUACCUCUUUAUACCAGAGGCAGAACCUACAGGUGACCUGUUGUGGCUUUCCUGAGGCUGUUGGAGCACUAGCCUCAUCAAUUGUAAGGUAGUUGACUGAGGCAAAACAGAUUCUGCCUUUUGUAAAAUGAUGGUGUCAUUGGUGAUUGAAUGAAAUAUUUUUACAGGGACAAGUGCUUCUAGGGAGUAUUUGAACCUCGUUCAUAGGGUAAAUUCUUGGAAACUAUCCCAACUAUCUGUGUCCACAAUUUGCUUUUCUUCACUUACACAAUGGGGGGUCACACAACAAUGUGAGGUUACCAUUGGGGUUCUGUGUUACUAUAAAGUUGAAAAGAAAAAUGGAACCUUGUAUUUUAGGGUGAAGGACAACUUUGUGGUGACCUGACCAGAAAGCCAAAAGGAAGUAUAAAUUAUUUUUUCCCUAAUGUGUUGGGACAGUAAUACUAUUUGGUAAGCUUCACCAAAGAAAAAUUGAGUGGAAGUAAAGGUGUGUAUGUAUUUAUGUAUAGGAGACUCACAACACAUUUCAACCAUCAAUGGUGAUUAAUAGCUUAGUUAGUUUUUCUUGUGUGUAUGCUAAAGAUUCCCUUCCAUCUACCAACUUGUUUGUUUUUGUAACCAAACACAUUUUCAAAUAUAAGGAACCUUAAAAAAAAAAAGUCACAUUGGGUAUCUUCAGUAUGAAUGAGUGAAAGCCGCCCCUCACCCUCCCACCCUUAGUGGUUUAUUCUCAGAUCUUCCUGGUCUUUUAAGCAGAAAAACAAGUGGUAUCAUUACCUUUUGGAAACUGAGCCUUAAAUAUUUUUAAAGGGGGGAAAUAAGCAUUCCCUAACUCAAAUAGCAUAAGCAAUGUUGGAUAGCAAUAUAAUACCACUGUAAACUCUUGAGUAUUAUCUCUCCUGGUAACCUUGUACAGAAUGUGAACUGUCUUACCAUGAACAUAAAUAAAUUUUAUAUUUUUAAA